UAAGAGUUGAGUGAGGCUUCCUUAAUUUAAUUAGACGUGAACAUCAAUAAAUGCUUGAAAGUAUCGAUGGGGCGGACUUCUUUAGUUUCAUCCAUACCGACGAAGGGAACGGUGCACAUUUCGUGUCUAUCAUUCUUUACCCAAAUACCCAAACGCAAUUAUUAAAACUUUCAGAUAUUUUUCAUUUUCAAGUUCGUUUGUAGUUUGCACUUACAAUCGGCAUAAGAAAGCAAGCAUGGCAACGAAAAUCAAUGAGCACGAUUGCGUCAUGAAGCAGGACAGUCAAGCGAAUGACAAGGAGUGUUCCUCCGGAACAAAGGUCAAGCGCAAGUCUAGAUCCGCCAGAAGACGCUUGCAUGCUACGAUGAGCAACACAUCGUUGCACUUCUCCGAUACGGACUCCGAGGGCGAGUUGACAAUAAUCACCACUAAGAUCGGCAAGCUUAACCCCGUGCCGCAAGCCCCGCGAGAAAAUCCGGUAAUCUCUGUGACCGAGACGGAAGGCACUGAGGCUUCGGCUGCGAUGAAGGUCAACGUCAAUCUGGAUUACCUUAUAUCCGACGGUGAGGCCAGAUCUCGGUCGCGGCGCAGCAGCUUUGCAGAAAAUCUCACUGACGUCGAUGAGAUCUACAGCGAGAUCGAAGAGAAAAACACCAAUAGCAACUUAAACGUAAUUGAUAACAGUUAUCAAGGAGAAACAGAUUUGGAGGACAUGGAGGGUGAUGACGACAUUCAACCGACGAUUUAUGUCGCGCCGAGAUCGGACAUCCUGAUCGAAUACGGCGGCGAGAUGGUCACGACCAAGGAAGGCGACGGACCGUUCUCCACGGAAGUGCGAAACCGAUUGUCGCGAGAAGAGAUUUCCAUCGACCAGAAAGACGCUCUGAACAUUCCGGAUAUGCCAAACACCGACAGCGAGGAUAUGGAAGGAUCCGAAGAUGAGACUAAGUUGGACGAGGCGGCCGCUUACAAUCACGUGUACGAGGACCUUGACAUGGUCGCGUCGCAAAUCGUUAUGUCCAAUAAAAUCGAGAACACCUUGCACGUUCCGGACGUCGAUGAAGCUAUCAACGAUUACCAUACCGAUAUCGAGGAUGUCGAUUAAGUCCAAUAGAAUUAAAAGAAAUGAUUUAAAGAAUGCAAAAUAAUACAGUCCUUGUAAUAAAGGCCAGAAAGAAUUUCCACAAUCUCUAUGAUUAUGAUUAUUCUUAACAAGAAUUAACGUAUCAUUAAACAGGAUAACAUUAUUAUGAAUGACAGGAGUACAGAGCUUGCGAUUGAUCUGUGAUCGGAUAAAGUCACUGAUGUUAUUUAAUGAGAUUUGAUACGAUUGCUGCAACACAAGUUUGAGUAACACCUUACAUGAAUGUAAGAAAUCUUGAUUCAAUUAAGAGUUUUUUUUCUGAAAGAUAAGUAGAAAUUUGGAAUCUCUCUCACUGUCCUUGGACAAUAUCAAGCAUCUAUCGAAAUCUUUUAAAAUGAUCACGAAAGUGUAAUUACAUUAAAUGACGCAAAGUUUAUUGACAAAUUAUAUUAAACAUUACAGUCUUUCUUAACAAAAACUAGCAAUUUUUUUUAUUAAUUAAUUUCUUUUCUGUUUAUUUCUGUCUUAGUCCUUUCCCACAAAAAUUGCCCAAAAAAUAAUUUUCACAUUCUUUUUCACAGUAAAUAUUUAAUAUAAAAAAUUACAUAAAAAAAGAAAAAAGUAAGUUCAAAAUAAAAUGUGUAAACAAAAUGUCCCUUUGCAUGCAUAAAUUUGAUAUUAAAAUAAAUAUAUAUUGUGUGAAAUAAUUGAUGCAGACAUUAUUUUCUGGACAAUCUAUGGGCACUGUAGUUUAUCACAGAUUCUUACGUUUUCCUUUUUGCACCGUGCCUAAAAGUCAAUAAAUUCUCAAUAGGGCAAACACCUUUCGAACAAAGUAAAAUACACGAAUAACUGAUUUCUGGAAAAUAAAUUUUAACAUUGAAAUAACUUGAAAUAGCGUAAAUUGAUUAAAGAAGUUUGCUUAUGACAAGUAUUAAACAUCGCGAAUAUUGUUUCAUUUAUAUAAAUCCAGUAACAAUACGCGUCGAAACGAUUAUCGACAAAUUAAUUCUUAUGUUCUCGUUAUAAAACCGAUAAUAACGCAAUAUUUGUGUACUUGUUAUACUUGCAGACCGAACUGCCGUCCUCAACAUUAUCAUAGACAACCGUAUGGGAUAUUAAUGCAAAAGAGUAUGUCUCCGCAGUCUAAAGAAAUUUUCCGAUAUAAACAGAUAUACAAUAUACAUAUAUACAUAUAUAUAAUUAUAAUUAUAUGAUAUAAUAUGUAAAUACGUACAUAGAUAAUUAAUACAAUAAUACUCAAUGAGGGUUUUCUUUUCUUGGCAAUAAUAUUAUUUUUAAGUCGUUGUACGUGCAAGAACAAUAGACAAAUUAUAUUUUAAAUAAAUAUAACUAGAAUUAUAAUUCGCAUUAUAUUAUGCAUAUAAUAAAUUUAAAGAUAUAAUAAAAAUAAUUAUUAUAGAGCGAUAUUACGUACGUUUCAAAACUUGCUAAGUUGUAUUUUAUAAUAAAUUAAAGCUGUUGAAUAUGAAACAGACCAAGUCCAUUAUUUUAUUAAGUUUUUCGUUCGAAUUAAGAUAUCAUGAACAAAAAGAUUAUAUAUCUAUUUGAUGAGAAUUAUAUUAUCUAUAUACAAAUAAUUAUCUUAGUAGAAUUAAUGAGAUUCAUUAGACUUAUAUACGUAGAAAAUUAAUCGACAUUCGAGUUAACGGACUGCUGUUUUGCAUUUUGCGGCUCCAACGCAUCUUGACUCUAAUACAUCUUGUACCUGCCACGACUGUAGAAAAGAAAAGAAAAUAAAAGAAAGAAAAAUGAAGGAUUUGCGCUACGGAAGUUCUCGAUCGCCAGAUCUCGCUGUGAAUAAAAAAAGAACAAUUGUAAAAAAAUAAAUAUGAUGUAUCGCAGUCAUUAUAACGACAUGCCUAAUAAAAAAUAAUGUGAGCAUAA